AGGUGCUGCAGAGACCCCAACUGAGAUCUGGGCCCUGUUCUGCCAGAUGCUGCAGAGACCCCAGACCCAGCUAUGAUGAUGGGGAAGGUCCCCUCCUUCUCCCCCGGCUCCACAGUGAGCUCCGCUCUGCCCGGCUACGUCGCUCUCUGCCUCGCUCUACAGGUGCAGAGGCUGGUGUCAGCACAGUUCACAGUGACUGGACCUGAUCGUCCAAUCACAGCAUCUGUCAGUGGGGAGGCCGUCCUGCCCUGCCACCUCUCCCCCAGGAUGAGCGCUCAGAGCAUGGAGGUGAGAUGGGUCCGAUCCCAGGACUCUGCAGUUGUGCACCUGUACCAAAAUGGGCAGGAUCAGUAUGAAAAUCAGAUGUUGGACUAUCAAGGAAGGAGAGAGCUGCUGAAAGAUGACAUCACCAGUGGAAGUGUUUCCCUGAGAAUACGUGAUAUCCGACCUUCUGACGAAGGUCUGACGCUUGUUUAUUUCAAUCACUUACCUUUUUUCAAGGCGCCUCAGUGCUCCUGCAGGUGGAAGGCUUGGGCUCUGGCCCUGACAUCUCUGUGGAGGGACAUCAGGACGGAGGGAUCAAGGUGGUGUGUCGUUCAUCCAGAUGGUACCCACAGCCCGAGGCUCAGUGGAGAGAUCUUCAGGGACAGUUCUUACCAUCAGCCUCUGAAAACAUAUCCCAAGCAGCCGGUGGCCUGUUUCAAACAGAGAUUGCCAUUGUUAUAACAGAAGAGUCCAACCAGAAAGUGUCCUGCUGUGUUAGG